UCGCGGGGACAUGGGGCCGCGCCCUCCCGGGCCGCGCCCGCCCUGCGCGCAGCUCCCUCCGCCGGCCCGGGUCUGCCGGGUCUGCCGGGUCUGACGGGUCUGACGGAGCCGCGCGGCCAUGAGCGCCAACCCCCGGUGGGACGUCAGCAGGGCGCUGGGGGUGGCCAGGCUUUUCCACCUGGUGUGUGGGGUCCGGGAUGCCUGCGUGACCCCCUUCCUGACCCUCUACCUGAGGCAGCUGGGCCUGGCCGCGCCCUGGGUGGGCAUCCUGAUGGGAACCAAGCACCUGGUCGCAGCCUUCUGGGCUCCCUUCUGUGCCUUCCUGGCCAAAAGCCACCAGAAACGGAGAGCGCUUCUCGCAGGCUCGCUGCUCGGCUCGGCGGUCGCCAGCCUGCUGAUGGUGCUGGUCCCACCGUUGGACAAAGAGCUGGUGUACCGCUCCUGUAACGGAAGCGGCAGCGUGACCACCACAGUCGUGCCACUGGGGGUCACGCUGACUGUGAGCAUCACCGCUGCCCCAGAGCCUGACUCAAACCACCCAGCGGGGACACCCAGCCUCCCAGCCAGGAGGAGCCCUGGAGUCCUGGAAGCCUCUGGCUUCAGAAAUGGACCAGGCGAAAGUGACCAAGAAAUUUCCAGUGAUCUGCACGGCUAUUUAGUGGGCUCCGUUGAAGGAGUCAGACCCACAUCCCAAGGUCUCCUCCAUCCUGUCACCCCAGGGGUGAAAGACAAUCCCUGGGAAGGUACUUUUGAGGUGGCCAAUACCGCCCUCCCUUUGCUUCCUGGGGGCACAGCAGUGGGAAGUCUGGCCAACUCGUCGGCGGCCAAGGGCAAAGCCCAGGUCCUUGAGCUCUCCUUGGAAGGGCUGCGGUGGACUUUCAUCCUCUCCUUGGGGUCCGUGGUAUUCUGGGAGCUGCUGACAGCCCCUCUGGAGCGGGUGGCAGAUGACAGCCUUUAUGAAUACCUGGAUUUUGUGGAUGCCACUGACCGAUACGGAAGCCUAUGGAUCUGGAGAUUGCUGGGCAUGUCGGCAGGCGCGUGCGGCAUCGCAGCCGUGGUGGGGCAGCUGGACUGCUUCCUGAUGACCAGCACCCCCCGGGGUGUGGUGCACUUCUACGGCUACUCGCUGGUCAGCACCCUGGCCUUACUGGUGAGCCUUGCCUUUCCCGUUCCUAUCUGCCGGCAGCGGGAGCACAGCGACAAAAGCGUCAAAGCACGGUCUCUUGUAGGGAGCAACCCUCGCCUCAUUGUCCUGGCCUUCACUGUCUUUUUAUUAGGAGCUGUCACCAGCACUGUGCAGAACUUUCUGUUCUGGCACAUGGACGACCAUGGGAGCAGCGAGCUGGUUAUGGGUUUCUCUGUCGCCCUCAGCCUGCUGGGGGAAGUUCUGCUUUAUCCAUUCAAAACCACGUUGCUUAGGAAACUGUCCAGGGUGGGCACGGUGGGGCUGGGGCUGGGCUGCCUUGCCGGGCAGCUGCUCUACUACUCCUUCCUCUGGAGCUGGUGGUCUGUCCUCCCUGUUCAGGUCUUGAGUGCCAUCAGCUACGGGGCUCUGUGGUGGGCAGUUGGGGCCUCGAUAGAGGCUCUGGCCACUCCCGGCACGGAGAGGCCUCUGAGUGCCAUGUUCCGAGGCCACUUUUACGGGAGUGGCUCUAGCCUGGGAAGCUUUGUGGCGGGCUUUGUGGCCAUGCGCUUCAGCCUGGCUGUGCUCUACCAGGCCUGCUGCGUGGCCCUGCUGCUCUGGUUAGCCUUGUUCCUGUCCAUCCAGCCCAGGCUGCCCCAAGAGAGGAAAAUCAACUAUUCGAAGCUGCUGGCCAUGGAGGCGAGUGACAGCAGUGACUCUGAGCAGGGGACAGAACGGGACUGGCUUGUGAAGGCCAUGAGGGAGGAGCACUCAGACUGGAAGGGCUGAGAGAGUCAGAAUGCGCUGAUCUGGGAAGGACCUAGUGCACUGGACAAAACUCAGUCUGCUGAGGACAGAAUCCUGCUGUGAACAGCAGGGAGCCCUGGGAGAGAGAAGGCAUGUCUAUGCUGAAGGCCAAGCAGGAUCAUCUCAUUGCAUGAUUUUCUUUACUUUUUUAGUAAAAGGAGAUUUUACAUCCCGCUAUUCAAUCU